UCCGUCCAGCUCGGAGCUGCCCCGCUCCCCAGCCGCCCGGCCGGCCGGCCGCUCCGGCCCGAGGCGCAGAUGGCUGUGCGCGGCGCCAACACCUUGACGCCCUUCUCCAUCCAGGCGAUCCUCAACAAGAAAGAGGAGCGCGGCGGACUACCCGCGCCGGAGGGGCGCCGGGUACCAGGGGGCACACCGGUAGCAGUGGCUGGGGCGCCCGCUGUCUGCUGCUGGCGGCUCUUUGGGGAGAACGACGCGGGCGCGCUGGGGGGCGCCGAGGACUCUCUGCUGGCGUCGCCUGCCGGGACCAGAAUGGCUGCGGGGCGGACCGCGGAGAGCCCGGGUGGCUGGGACUCGGACUCGGCGCUGAGCGAGGACAACGAGGGCGGGCGGCGCUGCGCGGACGCGCCUAGGGCCAGUCGGGCCGGCCGUGCGGGAGGGACCCUGGGCCUCAUCCAGCCCGUCUGCGAGCUGCCCGCCGCCAAGGACCUGGAGGAGGAAGCCGUGGGCCGGAGCGACAGCGAGAUGUCCGCCAGCGUCUCAGGCGACCGCAGCCCGAGGGCGGAGGACGACGGUGUUGGCCCGGAAGGCGCCCGCUUGCCCGCGCUGUGCAGCGGAGCCGGAGGCGGCAGCAGCGGCGGCGGGCCGGCGGGCGGCGCGGAGGAGGAGGAGGAGCCCGUGGCGCCGAAGCCGCGCAAGAAGCGCUCGCGGGCCGCCUUCUCCCACGCGCAGGUCUUCGAGCUGGAGCGUCGCUUCAACCACCAGCGCUACCUGUCCGGGCCCGAGCGCGCCGACCUGGCCGCGUCGCUGAAGCUCACUGAGACGCAGGUGAAGAUCUGGUUCCAGAACCGUCGCUACAAGACCAAGCGCCGGCAGAUGGCUGCCGACCUGCUGGCCUCCGCGCCCGCAGCUAAGAAGGUGGCGGUGAAGGUGCUGGUGCGCGACGACCAGAGACAGUACCUGCCCGGCGAGGUGCUGCGGCCGCCCUCGCUGCUGCCGCUGCAGCCCUCCUACUACUACCCUUACUAUUGCCUCCCGGGCUGGGCGCUUUCUACGUGCGCAGCCGCCGCGGGCACCCAGUGAGCCGGCCUGGGGCGAGGCAGCGAGUGAUCCC